AUGGCUUCACUUGAGUCCCAAUACUCCCCUACACUGGAACAAUUUCCCCUGAGAAGCCAAAAGAUCCAUGUACUGGAUUACGCAGGAGGAGGAAAUGCAGCCUACGUGUUCAAAGUCCUCAUCGACGGGAAGACAUAUGCGUUGAAAAUGUUCAAAUUCGAUAAUCCACUAUUAUAUCCUUCCAGACUUCGAGGAAUAUCACGAAGAGCCGUAUACGACAAUUUCUUUAUCGAAUGCCGCACAAACACGUCUCUUAUUAGGCAGGAACUUAACGGCAAAAUCACUCCGUUCUGUCAUGGUUGGAUACUUGUCCCGACCAAAACUGAGAGGGAUGUCGCUAAACAUUUUAAUGUUCAAUCGUUCCUAUGGGAUCGGCCACCAAAUGCUACCGAUGAAAAAGUCCGAGCACUCUUGUUCGAUUGGGUUGAUGGUAAAAUGGUGUCCCAGAUCCGAAUCACUGCGCACAUUGCAGACCAGAUUCGGAAUGCGUUAAAAGAGCUCCACCAGGCCUCGAUAGCUCAUCGUGAUAUCAGGGCAGCAAACAUAAUGGUCACUAAGGAUCGGGUUUAUCUCAUAGACCUCAACUCUGCGUGGAUUCUUUCUUCUCCACCAGAGAUCUCCUCGCAAAAGCUUAAAGAUGCCCAAGAAGAAGACCAUCGGAGUCUUGAAGCAGGUUUUGUACUGCUCUCUCAGAUUAAUGAUGGAGAAUCUGUUGCGGAUCUGUCCCUACUAGGUGGAUUGUCUCUGGAGGAGAUAUUAACUAUAUAUGAUCCGAUAAAAUGCCACUGGCGACCUCAACCACGCUCAUUUUGGCAUUCCAAACGGUGA